AUGACAAACCAAUUUUUCAGUGAUGAUAUUCUAACUAAUUAUGAAUCUGAUGAACGGAUCAAAUAUUUAGAAAAUUCUGAAAAUUAUGGUGACUUUGAUGAAAUAAAAAAACAGUUCUUGGAUAAAGACAAGUGCGAGAAAGAAUCAAAUGAUGAUCAUAAAUAUAAAAGCAAAUAUUUUCAAAAAAAUACAAAUUCAUUAUUAAUUCCAAUGCC